CUCUCUUUCCCUCUCCCUGAUUCACGACACACCUUCUGUGCAAAACGCAACUCCUCUGCUUAUCUCUCUCCCCCUGUCGCUCUCUCUCUCUCUCUCUCUCGUCUGUGUUCACUUUCACAUGUUUGAAUCGGAGGAUAGCAGUCUGUUUCCUGACACGCAGAGACUUCUCUCCAAGAAGCAACUCCACCAGCAACACCUAAAGAUUCCCCGGAGAUGGCGCGCACAGACGAGGACCUGAUCGGAAUCCCCUUCCCGAACCACAGCAAUGAUAUCCUGUGCAGUCUCAACGAGCAGCGGCGGGACGGGCUUCUGUGCGACGUCAUCCUAGUCGUCAGGGAUCAGGAGUACCGGACCCAUCGAUCAGUCCUGGCCGCCUGCAGCCAGUACUUCAAAAAACUCUUCACGGUGGCCACCGGCUCCAGUCGGGACGCCAACUCGCACGCCAUCUACGAACUGGACUUCGUGGCGCCGGAAUCGCUGACGGCCAUUCUGGAGUUCGCGUACACGUCGACGCUGACGGUCACCGCAUCCAACGUCAAGGAGAUCCUGAGUGCCGCGAGGCUCCUGGAAAUUCCCUGCAUCAUAAACGUGUGUUUGGAAAUCAUGGACACGGGUGGAGGGGGAGAAGGACCUGCAGAAGGAGAGGAGUUUGAAGGGGAUGACGAGGAAGACGAGGACGAAGAGGAGGAAAUGGAGGAGGAGGUUGACUCGAAAGAUGGAGAAUUUGAGGACGAUAACAGUGAGAAGUCCGCACAAGGCGAUGUGGAGGAAAACCAAGAGGGACGAAAAGUUUGGGAGGACAGGAGAACGGACAGCCCACCCUGCAGCUCGCAACAAGAGGCGCCGAAGCCAAACCGGGAUGGACAAGAAUCCCAAAGACGCCCAUUGGACACUCCAAGUGCUGGGAAACCCAGAGGGCCGGAGGGAUUGGAGGGCCGGGCGCUGAAGGACUUCUCCAUAGAGUCCUUACUUCAAGAGGGGCUGUAUCCGAAAGUGCCAGGCUUGGAAAGAGGAGCUGGAUUCUCACCCCUUCUCCCAGGCUUUUAUCCUCCAAUGUGGGCUGCAGAAUUCCCAGGCUACCCUCAGAUUCUGGAUCCCCGACACCGUUUCCCCGCUGCGUCGCUGGAAAACAGCCCUCUGGACCUCGCAGUCAAGAAAGAAGUCAUCAAAGAAGAGUUAAAGGAUGAACCCACGAACCCUAUCCUUCACAGAGACUUCCUCAAAGACUUUAUGAGUCCAGGUUUGGGUAUAACCUCCUCGGACCCCGCUCUCGGCCCGAUCAAGGAGGGAUCGGACUUGCGGUCCUACCUGAGUUUCCUUUCCGCCUCUCAUCUCGGGACACUGUUUCCUCCGUGGCAGCUGGAGGAGGAGAGGAAGAUGAAGCCCAAAGCGUCACAGCAGUGUCCGAUCUGCAACAAGGUGAUUCAAGGAGCGGGAAAGCUGCCGAGGCACAUGCGAACACACACGGGGGAGAAGCCCUACAUGUGCACCAUCUGCGAGGUCCGCUUCACCAGGCAAGACAAACUGAAGAUUCACAUGCGCAAGCACACCGGCGAGAGGCCCUACAUCUGCCUGCACUGCAACUCCAAGUUCGUUCACAACUACGACCUGAAGAACCACUUGCGCAUCCACACGGGCGUUCGGCCGUACCAGUGCGAGCAUUGCUACAAGAGCUUCACGCGCUCCGACCACCUGCACCGGCACAUCAAGCGUCAGAGCUGCCGUGUCUCGCGCCCGCGGCGGGGCCGAAAGCCCUCCGCCUGGCGGGCCACCAACUUCCUCUUCCCCCAGGAUCCCGACGCCCUCCAAGCCCCUUUGCUGGCUCAGCGGGCUGAGAAACAGCAGCCUCCGGGAGGGAAAACCAUGGAGGACGUGGACGACAGCCGUGGACAGACUGACAGGAAGAUCAUCUCAGAGGACGUGAAUAGGAAGCGGGGCGUGUUCGCUUUCGCCAUGGCCACGGAAGACGUUCUCCCCCACCCACCCUUUUAUUCGGCGCCCUCUGACCCCUGGGCCGUGAGACUGGAACGAGCCCCGCCCAUUCCCGAAGCCGCAAAGUGACUUUUCCCUUAAUUCCUGAGCUCUGAUUGGCUCAGCUUGAAACAGCUGCUCGCUUCGGAGAAGUCUCGGGUUCAGACUCUGUAAUAUUAAAAAUAAAAGAAUUACUUUUUUUUUUUUCGUUCGUUCGUUCGUUUCAUAAGUCAGCUUCCAAUGGGAUGACAGGGAUUUUAAAAACUUUUUAAAUGACUAGAUUUGGAUGUGCUUUUUUGUUAAAGCUGUUUUUGAUGCUUCAGCGUUUGCUAAGUAACAAUGGUGAUAUGCUCAUAGACUGUUCAGUGCAAUGGAGUGUGUGAAAAUUGAAUGCAAAAAAAUUGACAAUCAGGUAUGCUGAAAGAAAAAUACGUCCUGCUGAAAUAAGCUAGAAGCUUUGGUGUUUGCAUUGCAUUAUCUGACAAUGGUUCUCUAAUGUUUGCAGUAAAUCUAAAUCCUGAAGACAGGAACAAUUACAAACCGUUGUACGUCCACUAUGCAAAAUACAAAAGUGGUUACAUUUUUAGAAUUACAAUAGAAACCACAAAGACAGAUUAAUCAGAAAAAGUCUCAGGAAUUGGAAAGCAUUUUUAACACGCACAAACGAUAAAAACUUUUUUACAGUCAAAAUAAGAUGUCAAACCAAUCUGCAGUAAUGUGCAAAUAAAUAAUGCAAGCUAUUUUUCUCAUAAUAACUUUCAGGAUUUAAAUUAUUUAUAUUGUGCAUCUCAAUCAACCCCUGAUUAAACUGAACGCUCUUGUCUGCAACAUUUAAAAUGAUCAUUUGUAUAGAUGGCUUUCAGGUUCUAUGGUGGAAUUGUUCAUUAUCGUAGGUAUUUCUAUACUGAACGUUGUAAAACAUCCAAAGAUGUGUUGUUAAAGAACAAACUUGAAAUCCAAUGUUUU